CUCUCUUUGUCAGGCAGUCUCGACGACAGCACGUGUUGCAUCCCUGCCCCUGCUGCCCCAUCGCCCGAGCCCGCUCUAGUGUCAAAUCUUCGUGCGCGGAUCCGCGGCUUGCUGCUGCUUUUCUUGGUUCCCCUCCCCGUGUCCGCCAUGGAUUUGGCGCAGCUGUCCGCCGUGCUGCAGCAGGCCCUCAGCGCGAAUCCCGAGGAGCGCAAAGCCGGCGAGGCUCACCUCGUGCAGAACCAGUUCGUGCCGGGUCAUCUGGUGGCGCUGCUGCAGGUGGUGGUGCGGGCCGAUGUGGACCUCGCCAUCCGCCAGGUGGCCGCCAUUCAUUUCAAGAACACCGUCUCGCGCAACUGGCGGACCAAAUCCGACGCCGCCGAGGCCGCUGCCGCAGGCUCGCCGCUGUUCUCGGACGGUGACGUGGCGGCCGUGAGGGACAACCUGGUGGAGGCCGUCAUCUGCUGCCCGCCGCUCAUCAGGUCGCAGCUGAUCGAGGUGCUCAAGGCGGUGGUGCAGGUGGACUACCCACACAAGAUGCCGUCGCUGCUGCAGCAGGCGCUCGCCAACCUCCACAGCGCCGAGCAGCCGCGCGUCUAUGGCGCGCUCGUCGUCGUGCGCGUGCUCGCGCGCAAAUAUGAGUUUAAGGACGACGAGGACCGCGUGCCGGUGCACGAGGUGGUCAACAGCACGUUCCCCCAGCUGCUGGUCAUUCUGCAGCAGCUGCUCGCCGUGCCCAACCCCUCCCUCGACAUCGCCGAGUACAUCAAGCUCGUGCUCAAGAUCUUCUGGUCCGCCUGCUAUCUGAAGGUGCCGGAGAUAGUGCAGCAGGAGGCGGUGUUCCUGCAGUGGAUGGAGUGCUUCCACGCGCUGCUGGAGCGCCCCGUGCCGUCGGAUGGGCAGCCCACGGACCCCGAGCAGCGCAAGCAGUGGACGUGGUGGAAGGUGAAGAAGUGGCUGCUCCACAUCAUCAACCGCAUGUUCCACAGGUUUGGCAACCCCAAGUACGCCAAGGGCGAGGACAAGGCGUUCGCGACCAUGUUUGCAGACAAGUGUGCUGCCCGCCUGCUCAACUCGUACCUGCACCUGCUGGCGCCCGUGCGCACCGACCCCUCAUGCCUGCCCGACCGCAUCACCAACCUCGCCAUGCAAUACGUCACGUACAGCCUGUCGAAGAAGGCGCUGUACGAGACGCUGAAGCCGCACCUGCAGGUGCUGCAGUUCGAGAUCGCCUUCCCUCUGCUGUGCUUCAACGACCAGGAUGCCCUGCUGUGGGCCGACAACCCCCUCGAAUACGUGCGCAAGGGCUACGACAUCAUCGAGGACAUGUACAGUGCACGCACAGCAGCCAUCAACUUCCUGGCGGAGCUGGUGACCAAGAGGAGCAAGGACACCCUCGACCCCUUCAUCGCCGCACUCGUGCUCAUCCUCAACCGGUACAAUGAGGCGCCGGUGGAGCAGCGGGCGGCGCAGGCGCGGCAGAAGGACGGGGCGCUGCUGGCGAUCGGCGCGCUGCACGAGAAGCUGCAGGGCACGGCGCGGUACAAGGCGCAGCUGGAGCACAUGCUCGUCACGCAUGUGUUCCCCGAGUUCAGCAGCCCCUGCGGCUUCCUGCGCGCCAAGGCGGCGUGGGUGGCAGGGCAGUACGCGGACAUCCCCUUCAGCAACCCCGCUCACUUCGGGGGGGCGCUGCAGGCUGUGGUGUCGCUCCUCAGAGACCCCGAGCUGCCCGUGCGCGUCGACGCUGUUGUGGCGCUCCGGUCCUUCGUGGACGCGUGUGAAGACCUGGACCAGCUGCGGCCCAUCAUUCCUCACCUCCUUGACGACUUCUUCAAGCUGAUGCACGAGGUGGAGAACGAGGACCUGGUGUUCACCCUGGAGGUCAUUGUCGACAAAUUUGGCGAGGAGAUGUCACCCUUUGCGGUCGGCCUCAUCCACAACCUGGCGGCCGCCUUCUGGAAGUGUGUGCGGUCGUCGGAGGCAGCGGAGGGCGAGGAGGAGAGCGAGGCGGUGGACGACAUGAGUGCGCUGGCGGCCGCGGGGUGCCUCAGAGCCAUCGGCACCGUGCUCGAGUCCAUCUCGUCCCUGCCGCACCUCUUCCCCCAACUGGAGCCCACGCUGCUGCCCAUCCUGCAGAAGAUGCUCUCGUCUGAUGGGCAAGAUCUGUACGAGGAGGUGUUGGAGAUCGCGACCUACAUGACGUACUACAGCCCUACCAUCUCGCCCGCCAUGUGGUCCAUCUGGCCGCUCAUCCUCUCCUCGCUCGACGAGUUCGCCAUCGACUUCUUCGAAUACGCCUUGGACCCGCUAGACAACCUGAUCUCGCGCGGCACAGAGCACUUCCUGGGCUGCCAGGACCCCAACUACCCUGACUCGCUCUGGAAGCUGCUCUCCAAGCUGAUGAGCGACGGCGACAUCAAGGACCGUGACCUGGUGCCAGCGCCCAAGCUCAUGGAGGUGGUGCUGCUCAACUGCCGCGGGCGCGUGGACCACUGGCUGCCGCUGUACCUGCAGCUCGCACUAGCUCGCAUGCAGAAGGCGUCCCUGAGGCACAUGAAGGACCUCCUCAUGCAGGUGGUGGCCAACGGGCUCUACUACAACCCGCAGCUCACCCUGCAAGCGCUGGAGGGCAUGGGGGCCACAGCGGGGGUGUUCCAGACGUGGCUGACCAUGCUGCACGCCAAGAGCCAGACCACCAGCAAGCCGCUGCACUUCAAGAGGCAGCACGACAAGAAGGUGUGCGUUCUGGGCCUCGUGUCGCUGCUCUCGCUGCCCUCUGCCGCGCUGCCUGCUUCAGUGGCGCCCCUGCAGGGCGAACUGGCCAAGGCCGUGCUGCAGCUGCUCGUGGCGUACAAGGAGCAGCAGGACGCGGCAGAGCUGGAGUCAGAGGACGAGGAUGAGGACGACGAGGAGGGAGAGGAUGGGAUGGGUGAGGGAGGAGAGGAUGAGGAUGAGGAGGAGGACGAGGAGGAGGAGGGAGACGAGUCGUCAUCUGACCUGAAGAAGGCCAUCAAAAGGGCGCACAAGAUGUUGGACGGGGAUGACGAGGAGGACGAGGACGACGAGGGCUUCUGGUCCGAUGAGGACGAGAUGCUGACACCCAUCGACGCCGUCGACCCCUUCAUCCUCUUCUCCGACACCAUGGCGGGAGUGCAAGCGUCGGACCCAGCGCGCUUCAGCAGUCUGAUGGAGUCGCUGGACUUCUCCCACCAGGCCAUGGCACACAAGGUGUCGGAGGUGGCGCAGCAGCAGAGGGACGCCAAGGCCAAGGAGGCCGCAGAGAAGGCCGCAGGGGGUGCUGCAGCCAGCUAGAGCGGCUGGCGGUGGCGGUGUUCCACGUGUUGUUUCACAUGCUGCUGUAAAACUAUGGCUGUCACUCGUGGGCAGCCGAGGAAGAGGCGUUUUAAAAGCGGCUGCUAAAAAGCCUGCUGGGGUUGGGAACGCUGUUGUGAGCAGCUGAGAGUGGGGCAAAGGCCCCUGCGUUGUUUGGGAAUAGCUGUUGUGAGCAGCUGAGGGGAGGCUGUGAUGCAGAGGCUCCUGAAGGCUCGUCGUGAGCAGGCAUCAUGGUACCAGUGUAGGGCCAGUUGUGUUGCGCCUGCUCACAAGGCUUCUGUAGGUGGUUGGUUGAGCAGUUGGCGUGUGCUUGGCAACAUCUAGGCAAUUCUUUUUGUCGUGUAGGUUAUUAUUCAACAUUGUGUAGUGGUACAGUAGGUUGUGCAUAAAGAGUAUUUUAUGCACAUGUUUUCAGCAUUACUGGUCGUAGCGUUUUCCAGUGCAUGCGAGUAAGAGAAGUUGGCUUCUGCAGGUUGGUUGAGAAGUUUGGUGUGUACUUGGCAACAUAUAGGCUACUCUUUUUGUUGUGUAUCCAGCAUUAUGUAGUGGUACAGGAGCUUGUGCAUAGAGUACGUGAUGCACUUGUCUUC